AUGACGUUGCUGCGCAAGCAUGCCGAGAAAUUGCGAGUUUUACUGGCUUCUUACACUAAGCAAGUUGACAAGUACAUAGCUGCUUAUCCAACUCGGCCAGCGCCACCUUCCAUUGGGUAUUCCAAACUACUCAAGUUGGAUUCCGAUGACCCAUUCUGGAAUGAUGGGUUGUUUACUGAAGGUAAUGCACCAUGGGCAAUUGACCGGACAACUCAACUUGGCAUUCGGCACCUGACUUGCUUGAAACGUGGCAAUGAGGAGAUACAUUGUUUGGGAUGGGAAACUAGAAGGGUGAUGCGAUGGGCCAUCAAACACCACAAAAAACUCAAGUUAAUGAUCAGCUUGGUUCAGGAACUACUUUCAGGCGAUCCGGACGAUGCGGUUGAGCUCCCAGAAUCACUGCGCGCCAUUGUAGGUCAUGCUUACAUCAUAGCAAAUGACAGCAUGAUCAAUAGGCUCAAACGUGUUCGGGUACUCCUUCAUGGGGCGUAUAUCCAAAUUAUGGAUCUUCAAUUGGCCUGGGACCCCCUUAUCAGCAAGAUUUUGUCAAGUACAUUGCCUCAGAAUGAAGACAACAACAUCUAUUCAUCUUGGGAACACCAGAUCAAGCAUAUACAUCAGCUUCAUCUCUCAAAUUGCUUCUCCGGAAUCCCAGGCGACAUGAAUGAUGAAACUCUGACAAGCAAUUGGACUGAAAUGGAAGAAGAAAUGCUGACAGAACAACCCUCACCCAAUCCGCCAACACCCGCAGAGGAUGACCUAGAUCUAGAGGAGGAGGAUGGCCAACAGCCCUACCUGGAGGAAAUGGAGAACCAGUUAUUGGCUACCAUGCUUCAAGAUUUAAUUCAGCAGGAUGAGAGUUGA